UCACAGCUUGGCUUCCUUACGACACAACAAACCAUCACCUCCUCCUUUCCGCGGCAAGAUUUGUUUGCUUUUUGGGGAGCGCAGGCUAUUUGCGGCGUAACGUCGAUUGUUUAUCUUAUCCUUUCUGCUGUUCUUUUUUCGCCUUGUUCGACUAACGAGCUCGUUAUUUUUCAAGAGCGCAUUUCGUCACGUCGAUUACUCUCCGUCGCAUCCUGCACAGUUACGCAACAAAAGCAUACUACACUGCAAUCAGGCAGUAGUUCGCCAUUCUAAGCGUCCUACUUUAACCACCACUACAAACUACCAACUACCACUACCGCUGCUUGUGGCCAAUCUCUAGGCUGCUCAAUCGCCUCCUCUAGUCACCAUGGGUGUCCCCAAGUUCUUCAGAUGGCUCUCUGAGCGCUAUCCUUCGAUUUCUCAACUCAUUGCCGAGAACCGUAUACCCGAAUUUGACUGCUUAUAUCUUGAUAUGAACGGUAUUAUUCACAACUGCACCCAUAAGGAUGCGGGCGAAGACACUACAUUUCGUUUAAGCGAAGAAGAAAUGUUCAUUCGGAUAUUCAAUUAUAUCGAACAUCUCUUCGGCAAAAUCAAACCAAAACAACUCUUCUUUAUGGCCAUUGAUGGUGUCGCUCCUAGAGCGAAAAUGAACCAACAACGUGCCCGUCGUUUCCGAACCGCCCUCGACGCCGAAGUUGCGCGCGAAAAGGCAAUCAAAGAGGGCGUUGAAAUGCCCAAGGAGGAACCUUUCGACAGUAACUGUAUUACUCCAGGUACCGAGUUUAUGGCCAAGCUCUCUCAACAAUUGCGAUACUUUGUCAAUAAAAAGGUAACUGAGGAUACUGACUGGCAAGGCUGUGAAAUCGUCUUGUCAGGACAUGAAGUUCCUGGUGAAGGUGAACACAAAAUUAUGGAGUAUAUCCGCAAUGCAAAGGCGCAGCCAGGAUAUAACCCCAAUAUCCGUCACUGUCUGUAUGGACUGGACGCUGAUUUGAUCAUGCUGGGUCUCCUCAGCCACGAUCCUCACUUCUGUCUCUUGCGUGAAGAAGUCACAUUUGGACGCACAUCCAAAAACAAAUCCAAGGAACUGGAGCACCAGAAUUUCUAUCUGCUCCAUCUCUGCAUUGUUCGAGAAUAUCUGGCCAUGGAAUUCCAAGAAUUGCAGAAACCCGGCGUCCUCAGCUUCCCUUACGAUCUUGAACGAAUUAUUGAUGAUUUUAUUCUCAUGGGCUUUUUCGUCGGUAACGAUUUCUUACCGAACCUGCCGGGGCUGCAUAUUAAUGAAGGCGCUUUAGCCGCCAUGUUUGAAAUCUACAAACGUGUCCUCCCCAAGGUAGAGGGCUAUUUGCACGAAGAUGGUGAAAUCAAUCUUCCUCGGCUCGAAAUGUUGCUUGGAGAGUUGGGCAAGUUUGAGUUCCGUCAAUUCGAAUCCGAUGUGGCAGAUGAAAAGUGGUUCGCGACAAAGCAAAUGGAGCUUAAGAUGCAAGAAAAGGCCAUGGCCAACCAAAAGCCUGUCUCCAAAGGGGGGCAGCGCAUUAUCACUGCUACCCAGAGAGACCUCUGGAAGCAGAAGAUUCGUCCCUACGUUGCGCAACGAUCCAACGACGUACUCGAUCUCGGAACGAGCCUCGAAUCGGAAGAUCGCAAGUUUGCGCAAGAGAUCGCAGACGCGAUGCAUCUAGAUUGGUCCACCAAGGAAGACGACAGUGGUUUCAGACACUUGAUCAUCUCUUUCCCUCCCAGAUUGGACAGUGACGGUGACGAUGAUGACGACGAAGAAGAGGGCAACCUCGCUGCCUAUCGCGUCAUGAAGUCUUAUGACAAGGCCAUCGUCGUGGACGCCAACUCGGACGAAAAGUAUGAGGAACAGUAUCAGAAGAGCUACAAGGCAUGGAAAACCAAAUACUACUUGGGCAAGUUCGAGGAAUGGCCAGAAGACAAGUACGCAUACGAGCAGAUUCGACUCUGUGAAAACUAUGUUCAAGGCUUGCAAUGGGUUCUCUACUACUACUACAAGGGCAUUGUUUCGUGGCCUUGGUUCUACGCUUUCCACUACGCCCCAUUGAUCACUGAUGUAUCCAAAGGCAUUGGUGCGGAUAUGAACUUCAAGAAGGGUCAACCGUUUAAGCCCUACGAACAACUCAUGGGUGUGCUUCCUGACCGAAGUAAAAAGAUUGUUCCCGUCGCAUACCACGAUCUCAUGACCAAUCCUGCCUCGCCUAUCAUUGACUUCUACCCCCGAGACUUCGAGUUGGAUAUGAAUGGGAAGAAGAUGGAAUGGGAAGCUGUUGUGAAGAUCCCGUUCAUUGAUGAGAAGCGUCUCCUGGAUGCAAUGGCCACAAAGAAUGACGCAUUGACUCCGGCAGAGAAAAGCCGCAACGGCUUCGGUGUGCCAUUGAAGUUUACGUAUUCGUCGGAAGUUAACUUUGUCUAUCCCUCGCCCCUCCCUGGUAUCUUCCCCGAAAUCCAAGGAUGUCGCUGCAUUGAGAACAUCUUUGAGCUGCCUAACAUGGAGGGACGCAAAUACCUGUCAGGUUUGACUGAGGGGGCUCUCUUGAGUGCCAAUGCGUUGUCUGGUUUCCCCUCUCUCUAUACCCUGCCCUUCACUGCCCAGCUCGUAGAGGGAGCAGGCAUCAACGUUUUCCAAGCAGACAGCCGCAACCCUAGUGUUGUCGUAACACUUACAGACACUGCCAGUCGAACAAACACUGAGGGAUGGAAGGCUAAGCUAGGACAGAAAUGCUUUGUUGGAUACCCAUUCCUUCAAGAGGCCAAAAUUGUCAAGAUUGAGGAUGAGCUAUUCUCUUAUGUGCUGCAAGACGAUGGCAAGACAAUUGCUAUGAAAGAUCACAGCAACCGAGAGGCAUCUGACUUUGCCAAAGAGUCUGAGCACCUUGAAAACUGGCAUGCUAAGCGCCUUGGUAUCACCAUUGGCCAAGUGGAUACGCUCGUGACGGUGGAAAUGCUCAAGGGCCUCUUGAAGACCGAUGAUGGCGCGCUGAUCAAAGAAUAUGCCGAGAAUCCCAGCAUCAGAAAGACAUAUGCUUCACAAACUAUUGUUGAUAGCGUCACCAACGAAGAUCAGCGAUUCAUUGAGCGGGCUGCUUUGCCUAUUGAGGAAGAGUUCCCUGUUGGCACGAGAGCAUUCUUCUUGGGUGAUUACGCCUAUGGUCGCCCCCUAGAAAUCACCGGCCAUAUCAAUGGCAAGACGGAGCUCGUUCUUUCUCUGAACAAGAAUAAGGAGCCUGAAUUUGCCAAACAAGUUAUUCAGCAAGCGGAACGCAACAAUAAGUACACCCCUUCGUUUGCUGUCGCCAAACAGCUCGGCGUUCAUCCGUUGAUUCUGAGCAAGAUUACCUCUUCGUACCAGGUCCUCAGCUCUGCUGGCCUGAAACUUAAUCUUGGUCUCAACCUUAAAUUUGAGGGCCGCAAGAUGAAGGUCUUGGGCUAUUCUCGCAAAUCCAACACUGGUUGGGAGUUUAGCAACCUUGCCUUACAACUCAUUGCUGAUUACAUGGUUACUUUCCCUGAUUUCUUCGCUGCUAUUCAGCGAGAAGCACAAAAGAGUGAUGUUCACGAAUCAGAUUUGUGGAAAGAUCCCGCUGUUGCCUCUCAGCGUGUCAAAGAAAUUUCAUCAUGGUUGAAGAAGCAGGAGACUAGCAAGUUUGAGAAGGUUCCCUUGGAAGCCGAGCAGCUAGACUCCGAGAUUGUCAUGACUCUUGCUCAGGCUGGCGAGGCUGCCGGUAAGGCCGCUCAGGAGGUUGAUGUUCGCAAGCUUCGUGGUGUGCCCCGAACCGCCAUUUUGAAGCCUAGUGAUGCUGAGAUGGUCCUUGGUAGUCAAUCAUUCAAACUGGGUGACCGUGUCACCUUUGUUGCUGACCGCGGCAAGGUUCCCCUUGCUACCAGAGGCACAGUUGUCGGCAUCAGCCGAACCGCGACCGCUCUACUCUUAGAUGUGGUCUGGGACAACUCUUUCAUGAGCGGCACCACAUUGGGCGAACGUGCACCCAUGUUCCGUGGACAAACCGUCGCAGCAUCCAGCGUGCUGAAUACCACCAAUAAGCAGAUCAUUUCUGCCUCGAGCAAGUCCCAGCAGCGAAAGGACGCCGAAACGAAGAAGUCUACAACUGGAUCUUAUGGCUCUGUUGGUGUAGCCCAGUACAAAGAUGCCGAUGCGCCAGCGGCUCUCCAAGGUGGAUGGAGCAGUGCUGUCAAUGGCCGUGGAGGUAAAGCUCCUAACCUUCUCCACAGUAAUCUAGUUUAUCGUGAUGGUCCCAAUGGUAACAAGGACACAAACGGAAACGGAUCCCGCGGACGAGGUGGCCGUGGCCGUGGCCGUGGCGGUCAAGCAACAGGCAAUAGCCACGGCAACGCAGCCUCUGGUGAACCAGCCCAGAUGUACGGCAAUGUGCCUCCACCUGCGGCUCUGGAUGCCCCUCGCGGAUCAAACCGUGGUCGUGGCAGAGGUGGCAGAGGCCGCGGUGGUCCCAACAGAAGCCGUGGUGGUAACAACGGCAAUGGUGGUCAAGCCAAGCACGAAUAAUUUGGAGGUUAUAGGACACUGUCACUGUCAGUGCUAUACUCUGCAUUGCUUUGGCCGCCUUGUUUGGUACGCUGUCCAGUUGCGAAGAUAUUACAUAGUAUAUAGCUCCCAAAUCUGUCAAUCGCUUAUAUGCUUAGCAUCAAUACACACAAUCCUAUCCAAGUAUAAUACACGU